UUGAACGAUGAAACUGUCAAGUCUUUCGAUAUAAUUUUUGAUAUCGUUAAUUUUGUUAGUAAAAUGUCGCACGUAAUAAGAAUAAAUGAUAAUAAAAUACAAAUAACUGACCUCCUGAAAUCUUUCAUGCAAUUUGAAGAGGUCGUUAAGAUUACCCCUUCCAGAUACAUGAAAGAAGUAGGGAUGCCCUGUGAAGAACGCUUGAGAAUCCUGAACGACAGAAGUAGAAAACAAAGAAUAGGAAGACAGAACCAAUUGUGGACAAUACCUGAUAUUGUGGUGUUUCAAAAUUUUGAAACCCACGUGAAGUAUUCGACAAUAAUAUCUUUCAUGCAUCAGAAACAGCAUCCAGUUAGAAUUAAGGUAUUUUUCGAUCUCAGUCCAUGUUUUCGUUUGAAAGAAUUGCCAAAAACGGUUUAUUCGAAACUUGCUCCUGGUACUCCUCAUAAAAUGACUCUGGAUUUCUACUCAGAAGAAUACAGGGAUUAUUCUUCUUCAGUUAGGUUCGAAGCAGAAGACGAUGUGGUAUAUCUGCCAAUUGUAGCUCUGGCACCUCGGUCGAUUUUAAUCUUUCCCGAUGUCAUUGAGAUGCCAGAAACUGUGGUAAACAUUUCAUCUGAUAAAAAAGUAUUCAUGAGGAAUAUGGGAAAAAGUCCAGUGGUAUUCAAGCUCAAUGUGACUGAACCCUUUAGUGUUUGUCCAAGAACUGGUAUUAUGGAACCAAAUGAAGUAUUAGACGUAAAGGUUAGUUACAAGAGUUACAAAGUAGAGAAAAACUCUUCCGAUUUAGUUAUCAGUUUCGAGGGAGUAGAGUUGUACUCGACACUAAUUUGUGCAGUGAGGAACUGCGAAGUAUACCUCGACAAAACAAUCCUCUAUUUCGAAAAUACCUUCCUGAAUCUUCAAAGAUGCAUAUCGAUGAAAUUGUUCAACAAGAGCGAGUAUACCAUGAAAUAUCAGUGGAAGAUCUUCCAGACGAAGUACAAAGACGCCCAAAUGCACAAAGAUUACCGUCUCAAAUUGAAAGACGUGAACGAAUACGAAGUUUUGAGGAAUAUUCAAAAGGAAAACCCAAACAUAACAGACGCCGAUCUACAUAAAACAUUUUUGCACAGGAUAUAUGAAGAUGAGCUGGCCGAAUUUGAUUCCACUGACCAGUUCCUCUAUCAUGACCCUAACUUCAAGUUUACGGAUACUAAUGGUGUCAUUGGUCCACACAGUGUAGUCAAUAUCGAAGUGGUUUUCUGUCCCACAGAAGCAACCCAUUACGAAAGUGUGGCUUAUCUAGACGUCACUGGAAGAGAAACCCGUCAACCACUGAAAAUGGUUGGAACUGGUCUCGGUCCAGAAGUGUGCUUCAACUUUAAAGUUUUGGAUGUGGAAAAUUUAUAUCUUUGCGCAAAGCAUCAAUAUGAGAUAGUAGCCAAAAAUGAAGGUCAUAUACCCGCAACUCUCACCUACUGUCACAAAAACAUGGACUUUGGUGGCUUGAUGUCUUGUUCGCCAGACGAAGUCCACAUAAAGCCUGGAAAAUGCGAGAAAAUGGUUCUAGAAUUCAGUUCAACUAUGCAGGGGAAAUUUUUGGAGAAUUUGAAUUUCCGAAUUGCUGAAUCUGGGGAAUAUGUCAAUUGCGUAUUUCAAGGAAAUGUUGUAUGUCCUUUGCUGAGUUAUAAUAUAGAGGAGAUUGAUUUUGGCAUAGUAGCCUUUGGUUUCGCUGUGGAGAAAGAAAUAUCAAUUCAGAACACGACGGAAGUUCCCAUUGAGUUUCGUAUUUGCAUUUUGAACGAUGGAUCCUUCGAAGCUAUCACUUGGGUAAACUUUUCAAUGACGCACGAUGAAACGUCUGUGAGCAAAAUGCCCAAAGAAUUCAGUAUAUGUCCAGAUGAAGCUACAGUUGCAGGGAAUUCUUCUAUCACGAUAAAAAUUACUUUGGUACCAAAUAAGCCUUCAAGACAUUCUACAUAUCUGCAUACCUAUAUGUGGGGCUCUAGAAAACAUUACGUAGAACUGCCUAUAUAUUACAAUUGUAUAGUACCUACCGUAGAAUGUUCGCCGCCUAGAUUGGACAUAAGAUAUUGCUUCAUAAACUGCCCUUACGACAGAAUGUUUACCAUCAGGAACAUGAGUGAAGUACCUGGCUACAUACUCUACAAUGAUACGGACGAAGAUGAUGGUCUCUCCUGCAAGUUAUCCUUAACAGAAUCUUACAUUCAGCCUGGAGAAGAGAUUACGAUUCACCUGGAGAUCAAGGGACUGCAGCUGGGACUUCAUUCAAAGCACUUAAAUUUUACAGUGUUUGGCAGUGCUCCCAAUGAUCUCUGUAAACUGACAUGUGACGUCCAAGGCCCUGUGAUUUGUGUGAAUCCUGAGGAGAUAAAAUUUAGCCAUGUGCCACUUCUCAAAUGGCACUCAAGAAAAUUGAACGUCAUGAAUGAUUCUCCAGUACCAGCCUAUAUAUCGAUUCAAGUGGCCAAUCCGACUUUUCAUGUGAAUCCCAACGAAUUCAAACUGGAAGCUUCUGAGAAAUUAGAAGUGGACAUUUCCAUCUUCUUGACCUAUAUCGCGAAGUACACGAGCAUCCUCAUUCUGAACAUCGUCAACAGCAUGGAUCCCUUGAAGGUUCAUGUAUCGGCCUUCGGAAUUGGAUCUUGCAUACUUUUCGAACCCAUAUUGGAGCCAAAAUACGACUUGGGCACCCUUAUGACACACAACAGCUUCAAAAUACCUUUCAAGAUGACAAACAUGGGUAGAGACUUGCAGAAGAUCUACUUCUCCAGAGUGAAAGAUAUGAAGAGUAUGAAGGAGGAUACUCCCACUAUGAAAGGACAUCCCUUCAUGAUUGACCCUAACCAGUUCGAUUUUAUGGAGAAAGAACAGAAAAUAGGUUACAUCGACGUAUACCAUACAGUUCCAGGACCGGUCGACCUGAUGUAUUACUGUUAUUCGCUAGACAAGACGACUAAAUUCACAAAAGUUUUCGAAGUGAAAUUGUUCGCUCAAUUUGAAGACCCAGUACUGGUGUUAUCAAAUUCAUCGCUUAAUUUCAGGAUGGACGUUACUGUCGAUGAAACCAUCUCUCAUCUUCAAGAAACCUUCACUAUACUGAACGAAUCAUACCUAGCCUUGGACAUCUACGUCAAUCUCACCCCUCCAUUUUAUAUUCUGGAAGAGGAACAAGGAGGUAGAAUAUCAACACUGAACGUAAAUGUGGCCAGCAAGUCAGAGUUUUUUUUUGUCGUUGAAUUUGUUCCCCCUACUGGCGUUAAGAAAUGUUUGGUAGCUAGCGGGACUAUGAAGAUUGGCUUCAAACUUCAUCCGAAAACCUUUAUGAUUCCCUUAACUGGAGACAUACACUAUCCAACCUUGUUUACAUACCCAGAAGCAAUCAGGAACCAUAAUAUAGCACCUAUGGCUAACUGUAGCAGAGAAGUCAUCAUCAAAAAUAUCAGUCCACUGCCUGUCGCUUACCAGUACGAGUGGGAAGUUGUAUCUUACACGCUAGAAAAAUUGGAAACACCAAGAUAUAACCUCUCAUCCUUGGAUAAAGCCACCAGCUGGAACCUGAAAAAAACAGAGGAAUAUCCUGACGUAGAUCCCACUAAAGAAGAAGAAAUCAAGCAGAUCAUAGAAAAUCUAGUACGGGAAAAUCAUUCUGAAGAAUUCAAACUACCAAGGUACUCGGAUAUAUGCAACAUAUUUUUGGAAAACGUGCGUUUUCCAACCAUUCCUCCGGACGUCAAGAAAAAACUGUUGUACCUCUGCAAGUAUCAUCUCUACCCCAUUGCACAGAACGUAUCUGAAGUUGAGGAGGAUUAUCUCAAGAUUCUCGAGGAUGUACCAGGUGCCAAACCCGAUAUAAACGAAGCUAUGCUGAACAUCACCCCGUAUCAAGGCUGUCUUCAACCUUACGAAUGCAGCCUGGUCAACUUUUACAUAAGACCCCCGCUGCAAACUUAUCUCAAAGCUACCGCAAAAUGCAGAAUACUGGGUGGCGCUGAAGAGAAGAUAGAGGUCUCUGCUGUGUGUGGUGAUAUUGCCUACGAUAUUGAUAAGAUGAGUGUUUCCUUCGGGUAUCAGCUGUUCUGUGAACCAUUAGAAGAACAGAUAACUCUUACCAACACUGGACAUGUUGGUUUCGAGUAUAUAGUGCAAGACGAUUCCAACCAUCCAAAAGCUAAAAACGACAUAGAUGUUACCACAGGAUUGUUAACUGUCACUCCAAACAUCGGUGCUCUAGAGCCUGGUGAAAACGCUUUGCUACUAGUGAAAUAUUUUCCAGGAAUCACUGGAGAUUUCAAUGAAUCCUUCGUUGUAGAAAUUGGUUAUUUGAGUCCCACAUCUAUCAGAGUGAGCGGAACAGCUGUAUACUCCCAACUGUAUAUUAUGCUACCACGUCCAAGUUUGUUCGAAGCUGCUGAGGCAUUUUUAUGUUACACCGCUAUAGGAUACUUAUCAAGGGACCUGAGUCAUCUGCAUUACAACAUGAAAUGUAGUUCAAGUGAUUCCAGACUGGAUGAAAUCACCACUGCUAUCUUGGAACAGGAAGAUUGGUAUAUUGUUGAAUACGAUGACCCCAACAUUCCAUCUGCAGUAGAUAUAGACAUGGCCAUCGAAAGGAUGAUUGGACACGAAUUCCUUCAAAAUAAUCCCCAAUUAUUGGGAGAAAGAGUCAGCAUCAGGAAGAGGCACUUCACGAUACCAAAUUAUUUGGUGCCAGCUUACGAACUUUGCUUUGGUAAUGUCAGACGUGAUGGCCAGUACGAGCAGAAUGUUACCCUUUAUAAUUACGGUCCUGGAUUGUGUCUGCUCAGGUUGUUCAUAACGGACAAGAAAACUAUAGAGGGAAGAGGAUUCUUUGUCACGCUGGAUUGUCAGAGGAUUAAACUGAGAGAAUUUUGCACUUUGAACGUCAAGUUUCGACCUGAUGUGAAGGGUGCUGAUUUUUCUAAUCCUCAUAUAUCGGAGGUGUUUUAUAUCGAGGUGAAUCAAGGAGCUCGAAUUCCCAUUAAAAUCAGUGCCUCGGUAGGCAUUCCCACCACAGAGCUCAAUAAACAUUGUAUGGAUUUCUGUGGGGUGAUCGUCGGUAGUUGUAAAAGGAAAAUAUUGUGCCUCUACAAUGUAGGGUUCGUUGACGCCAAAUGGAGUUGCACCAUAGACACGCCAAUAUUCUUCGUCAGGAAAAAAGAAGGCGUUCUAUCUGCUGGUGAAUCCGAAGAGUUGCAGGUCUUCUUCGAGCCGAAGACGAGAGGUCCAAAACAAGGAAUCAUGACUUUUCACGUUGAGGGAAAUCACGAAGACUUGACCGCCUACUUGAACGGCUACGGUCGAGAACCGAAUUUUGUGAUCAAAGAGAGCCUGGUGCAGUUCCCUCCUGUAUUACAAUACUCGCCCCCUUUGGAGGAAUCGUUCUUCAUUCAGAAUGCAUCGAGUUUUCUCACAGAGAUCUUCUUGUCCGACUACGAUAGACAAAUCGAUCUGCAUGAACGUAUCUGCAAUGUAUUCUGGAGAGAGAAGAAUGCAAAAAAAGUAUAUAUCGCGAGAUCCCUUUACAGUAGUACCCCCAGUGAUAUAUACAGGUUCCUGUAUAAGGAACUGCUUCUGGAUAGGCUUCGGAAGGAAAAAAGUUUUACUGAAGUCAUGAAAGUAUCGAGAACUGAUAUCAGAGGAUCUUCAGCAUCUGUCGAACGUCUUCUGGAUAAUUUAGAAUUAAGAGUUGAUAGUUCCAUUGCGAGAAAGAAACCUGCUCAGGAUAUAUUCCUGGAUCCGAAUAUAGAGGAUGAUAAACCUACAGUGCAACGUACAACGAAAAUUAUAGUUUUUCACGGAAACAAAUACACAGAUUUCUUAAGAGCAGCUAACCACACUUCACGGAUUUUGCAUAUCCCAAGGUACAACUUGGAUACAAUGAUUGUCGAUAUAUUGGUCGACAAUAAGACUGCUUUCUCUAUGGAGGUCAAUCAGAUUUUAGAGGAUGCGUAUAUGUUGAGAAUGGAUGCAGAAGACUGCUGCUGCAGGGAAAGUUUAAUAGAAGAUGAUACUGACUCAAUAUGGAGAAAAAUAAAUGCCAUUCUAAGCAUGGAACCUGCUGUAAAAUCGCCGCCACCGAAGAAAGGUGGCAAGGAUAAAGCAGACAAAGAUGAUAAGAUGAGUACGGCUUCCAGUAAACUAUCGAGAAAAACAAUAUCCAGCAAUACAGCCGACACAUUUCAAGGAAUACCAGAAGAAAUGAUCAUCCAGAUACUCUCCGAUAAAAUCGAUCAAUUGGACAAAGUGAUCCUCGAGAGCCUAGACAGUAUAUUUCUCCCUAACUUACAAAUCGCUCUGAGAUGUUUACUGAAAGCUGCCAAGGAUCUGUCCUGCGUCUACUUCGUAUUGUUCAGUUGCACUUUGGAAGAACACAACGCUUUGGAAACUGAAGAACAACUUCUCAACGCCUCAGAGGAAGCUAAUAGGAGACAGGCACUUCACAAGAAACUCACAGAUUUAGAUGACUACUCUUUAUGUACCCAAGAAGAACGUGAUAUUUUAAUGGAGAUCCUGGAAGAGAAGAGAAGAAGAAGCGACGGGAAGAGAGCAGAGCUGAGGGAUAGAAUCCAAGAAGAUUUAACUACAAAUGGUCGUCUCGAAAAAUCGGAGGAUCUGAAAUCUUACUGGAAAUAUCUGGAUACCUCUCUCUCAAGGAAUCUAGUAACAAGUAAAACAACAACCAAAUUCCCGAAAGGGAAUGAAACUCAUCAGACACAAAGUGGGACUAUAUUACCCAAAGAAUCCAAAGAUGUAAAAGGAUCUCUCAGAGCGAAAUCUUCAAUUAGAAUGAAUAAAAAAGUUGUAGAAGAGCAAGAGGAUGAGGUUACAGCCUUCUACUUCUACCAAUUCGACAUAAUGUUGAGCGAAAUGUUGUUUCUUCUUGAGAACUGGAAUCGAGACACUCUAGAAAUGGAAAAACCUUUCCCGAACUUCGCCUCCAUAAUGGCAGCCAACAGAAAAGAUCCAAAAUAUAAUACGAAGGAAUUUGUGAAAAAAGUGUCUAAGGUUAGAAAGUCGGUGGCCACGGAAAAUGAGGAUGUACUACCAGAUAACAUAGACGAGAACGAAAAUGUGGUUAUUACCUCUUUCGAUCCUUCUAUUGGUUAUCCUGUGUGGAUGAUCAACCAAGCGCAUAAAAAGAGAUCACUUAAUUUAAUCGAACCAAUCAUUGGUUUACUCAAACAGAUGAUAACAAUAAAUUGCUUGACUCCUAUCAGAAAUGCUUGUAAAGAAACGGAAGUGGUGUAUACCGUUUUGACAAAACCUACACAAAGGAAGACGAAGGAAAAAUUGGAAGUGUUCGACCUCGUCAAAUGUGAACCCAGGGGCGAAGUAUUGCAACAUGAACCCCCUACCACGGCUCAAACGGUUGAAGAUGAUAUGCAAGUUGCCAAAAAUUCGAAUACCACACUAAGCAACAACUCAAGGAAGAAAGCUAGAAGGAGGAAACUGACAUUGACGCCAACCCCUAGUGAAAUGGACCAACUAAGCAGUCUUCCCGUGAGGUUUUCAUUGGAGCCUGGUUUUAUUCAAGAGAUAACAGCCAUCUUCAAGCCUCUCUACUGCGGAUUUUUCAAAACCUCCUACAGUUUCGAAGUUGUCGGUACUGGUUACAAGGAGAAGAUUCUGGUACAAGCAAGUUGCGACUAUCCAAGGAUAGAUACAUCUCCUUACACUCUAUUUCCACACAACGUUCAAAGCAUAGAUUCCAAAACUAUGUUUUUGAAUGGGGUCUAUGUGAUGUCCCAACAAACUUUGGACUUUGGUACUAUCCUGCUUGUACCUCAGCAUUUACUGGAAAUGAAGAGCUCAAUUUCCAUGCUGAACACUUCGGGUAUGAUGUGUUAUAUCAGCAUCGCAUUCAAAAGUGAUGAAAAUGUCUUCUUCAUUGACGAGGAGCAGCAGAUUGUUGAAAUCAAAGCAGGAAGACAGCACGUUCUGCCCAUUUACGCCAAACCGCCAGCGGAGGGCCUUUUCAGAGAAACGCUACUGAUCAUUAUAAGGGACAAUCCGAGAGUACAAGAAGUCAAUCUUUCCUGUUUUGCUUGUCCACUGAAAUUUGAGGUUACACCGAAAUUCGUCAAUUUCCACAAAGUCAUCUUAGGAAAAACGGAAUCUGAGAAGUUUAUACUCAGGAAUUACACAGCUGUCAUGAUUUAUUUCGAGUUCGAAAUAGAUGUCACAUCGGAGUUCAAAAUAUCAACAUUUAAUGGAUAUCUGGAUCCUUGUUCUUCACUGGAGGUGACGGUGACAUUCGUUCCUGAAAACAUAGGAGAGAAGAAGGAGUCUCUAAUUUUGAGGAUAUUCGACAAGGAAAAACAGUUCCCAGAACCAAUUCAAACGGAAGUGCUGACACUCUCUGCAGAAGUGGCUACUUUCCCUCUGGAAUAUGAGACAAGUAUCAAUUUAGGUCUAGUGAAAGGCAAAGUUCCACAUUUCUUCCCAUUCACGAUUAAUAACCUGGGCAAAUAUGAUGUGAAGAUAUUAUUAACAAAACCACAGCAACAAGGCGGUCACCCUUCGAUCGGAGACUUUUUCAAGAUGAAACAUAUGGAGUACGUGGUGGAAGGAGCUUCGAAGUAUUCUAACAACUGCAGAUUCACCUGUAACAAAGAAUUGAGUUUUGUUGAUAUUCCCGUUGUUCACGUUACUAUUCUGGACAACUAUAGAAAUUCAGCUAUUGAUCAUUUCACCUUCAGAGCGUCAGCAAAGGUGGCACUUUCCAAGUUCGAGCUCUGCCCACAUGGAGAAUACUUUUUCGGCUAUCAAAACAUCAACACCACUCGUUCCAGCUUGUUGACCUUGAAAAACACUGGAUUCUUUGAAUUCAAAUAUACAAUAAUGACACCAGCUAUGAUAGAAGAACAAGCUCUUAGAAAACUUAGCAAGAAAGAAGUAACUCAAGUGGAAGAAACUGAAAAAUUGAGCAGUAUACCUUCUGCACCUUCUGAGUCCGCACCUCAAGAAGAAGUCGAAAAUCAAAAUCGAAAGUCGAAAUCGCUAACCGACAACAAGAAAAAGGGAAAAGGCAAGGCUAAAUCUAGGAGUGCUCUGGAUUUAAUAACAAAUAUAUCCACUGGUACCUUUGACAUCACACCGUCUACUGGCUCAGUACUACCAAACGAAUCAGUGUCGAUCUCAAUCGAAAGUCAACCAACUGAAUGCACGAAGUACAAGGAUACUUUAGUUUUCUUCGUGUCCGAACCAAGCUACAUAGAUAGAAAAGGGCGUCACUUGAACCUUCACGUGGAGGGAACAGAGCCUCAAAUCGAUUUCAGCGAUUACGAAACCAUGUUCCCAAUGCAGUAUAUUGUCGAAAAUAUCGAGGAUCUUCCGUGUAUAGGCGAGAAUAUCGUUUUCGAGGUCAGUAAGAAAACCCUUCAUUUCGGAAAAGUGGCAUUGAAUGAUUCAGUGUCGACCAAGUUCAGAGUGCCAAACACUGGACACGUAACUGCUACAGUUUCCUAUGAAAUCCUGGAAAAAGAUUGUGGAUUCACCAUUCAAUCGAAAAUAAUCGAUAUUGCUCCCUAUAAAACUGAGUACAACGUUAUUGAUUUUGCACCAAAGGCGAUUGGGAUUUGGACUGGAACUCUAGAAAUUAAAUGCCAAGGUUAUUCUUCCGACUACAACUAUAGUAUGAGUCUCAUUGGCGAGGCUUGUAUGCCAAGUAUAGAAAUAGUAGAACCUGACUACAAUAUAGAUGGGGAGAAUACAGAGAUUUGUUUUGGGCCUUUGCCCAUCAAGAGCUCGUGUGAGAAGUCUGUGGUUCUGAGAAAUAGAGGUUAUGUGCCGUGCAAGAUAGUCGUGGAGAUAAUUGGUGAUCCGGAUUGGUUUAUGUCCCUAUCUCUGCAUCACGAACAGAAAGAGCGAGAUGUCGUAGAUCACGAAACGAAGCAUAGUGAUGUGAUGACGCUAAAGUCUGGAGAAAGAGGAUACGUUAACCUCAAAUUCGAGGCAAAGUCAGCAACAUCUUUGAAUUGCCAAUUGCAAAUAAUAGUCAUGAAUAAUUGCUUCGAUAUGUGGAAGCUUGCUUUGAACGCAUUUGCUUUUGGCGCAACUGUAUGCCUAGAAGGCCUACCUGUUCACGUGUCCCCGAAUAAGAAGGAGAUUGCUUAUUCUCUGAAUUAUGGGCCAGUAAGCAAAAAUGAAUUGUACAAGAUUCGUUUCAAGGUGAAGAACAUUACGAACGACAUCUACAGGUUCGAGUUUCAUCCGAUACAGGAAUUGAUAUUUUCGCCUAGAAUAGGACAUCUUUAUGGAGAAUCGGAAAAAACUAUCAUAGGCGCUUUCAGAACCAAGCGCCACAUCGAUUUCACCGAGAAGGAGCUUUUUUUGACCAUUACCAAAAUUAAGCUGCAUCCUGGUCAUAUCUUUCCAUUACCAUGGGAUGACCGUCAGAAUGCCAACUUGGCGAAAUUUAAAUUCCAAACCACAGAAGAGCAGACUGACGAUUGCGGAGAUUUAUCUCUUGACAAUGUCGUCUACGAAAACAAUGAGCCUCCCUAUGACACUGCGAAAGAGGGCUCUUCCAUAUCGUUAACUGUCAAUGCCCAAUGCGGUUAUGCCGAUUAUUUUUGUGAAACCCAAGAGAUUUUGUUUCCACCAACUAACAUUCAUACGGUUCUUUCGGAAACAUUCAGUGUUAAAAAUAAAAGUAAAGUCAAUUUAGAAAUAGACUGGAUUAUCAGUCGUUGUCAGGAGAUGGAUACUGGACCUUCUGCGAGGCAACCAAGUUUAUUUGAAAAAAUGCAACUCUCGGUACCAGAAAUUCCCCAAAAAGUAUGUGACGUUCAAGUUGCAAGCGAAUUUUCAAUCGAGCCAAAAGUGUGCACCAUACAACCAAAAAAGCACCAAGAGUUUGCGAUAACUUUUAUGCCCAUAGAUCACAAGGUUCAUGAAUAUCUCCUCAAAGCUAACAUGAAAAAUUUGGACCCGGAAGCAGUAGAUCUCGAGAUCAACUUGAAGGGUGAAAGUCUAGAUUUUCCCUACCUUUUCAGUUCGAAUUUUAUGCAAGAUUUCACCAUGAGUGAGAACAGUUUCAAAACUUAUUGCGGAUUAAGGUCGGGAGAUGACACUAAGAUCCUCAAUUUUCUGUCUCUUGGAAUUGGAUCAGAAUCUAACAGGUCCAUAUUGAUAACCAACAAUACCCAAAAUCCGUUUUCGUUUGUUUGGCAGAAGAUCAGAGCUGAGUCCCAAAAGCCAACAUUUUUUCAUUGUGAAUUCAAUAAGGGACAUAUACAGCCUGGAAAAACGACUAAGACCAACUUUAUUUUCCCACCACAAAACCAUGGUUUAUUCACCGACUGCUUUCAAUUUGAACCUGAUGAAUCAUUGAUGCCAAGGUCAUCGCUUUUGCUACAAGGCGUUUGUCGAGAACCUAGAGUGUUCUUUGAACAGGCCUACUUAUCCCUUGGGCUAACACUUCUGAAUAAUCUUGUGGAGAAAGAGAUCGUUCUCAAGAAUGACGAGGAAGUGAAAAUACAUUACAGCUUCAAAAAAAGUUCUUUGUAUUCCGAUAACCAGCAAGUAUUGAAUAUUGCUCCCAUGAAUGGCUUGAUGGAACCAAAGAGCGACAACAAAUUGAGGGUUUCAAUUAAGCCUACUAAACAAGGAGAAACAAUUUUCAAGCCAAAAUGUAUAGUGCAAUAUAUGAGUUUUCCAAUUCAUUUCAAUUUCCUGAUGGACGUUGUUGAUGUAUCUUCGAAACUGUAUUUUUAUGGUAGAGAAUCGAGUACAGUUGAAGUUGAACCUAAUAUACCGCUUAAAAUUAACCUAGGACUGAUUGUGCCGCACAAAAGAGAACAAAUCAAGUUUGAACUAGUUAAUACAAGUAAUGUGGGGUUCUACUAUUCUUGGACUUCGCAGAAACAAUUACAAGCAAGAGUAAAAUUUAGUCGAAGAGAAGGAUAUUUGUGUAGUUCACAAAAAAACGUGUUCGUGGUUUCAGUUUUACCAUUACGAAAAUGUCUCAUCAAAUAUAUCACUUUGAAACUCAAGAUAUUGUAUGGGUCCACAUAUGUUUUUAAAAUAGAGGCAUCAACACAGAAGCAGCAAUUCACGUUUUCGUUCCUGAAAUAUGAUUUUGGAAAAUGUCUCAUUCAAGAGGAAGAGACAAAAUUCUAUCAGACUUCCUUGGUCUUCACGAACAAUAACAAAUGGCCAAUGACAGUGGAAUAUGGCCACAAUAACAUUACACCAUUCUUCAUCGAUUUCAAAUCAGCUGAAGUGGAACCAGAAAAUUCGAAGACCAUAGAUAUAUUUUUCAGUCCAACAAAGCACACCAUCUACGAAACAGUUGCCCUCUUCUUCGUCGAUUCCCACAAAACCAUCAUAAGACUUUGUGGAGAAGGCGUUCCCUUGUUACUCGAAGUAUUGAGUUUAACCGAUCAAUUUUUAGAAUUCGGAAAAGUAAGGGUUGGAAAAUGUGUGCAGAAAUCAGUUAAAAUUUUGAACGCCGGAGAAUCUUAUAUUGACGUUUUGUUUGCUUUUAACUUCAUGCUGCCUCCCAUCAAGAAGAAGGUCGAAAAAAUUGACGAAGAGUUCAGCAUCGAAGGUGCUAAAGAAGGAACACUGGAUAAUGCUCAGUUGGAUGCGGUAUCAAUGAAUAAGAGAAAAGGAAAAAUGGCGGAUAAAGACAACAAGAGUGCUGUGACGAAAGAAGAAAAAGCUUCAAGGAAUAGUAAAGAGAAACUAUCGAAAGACAGCAUUAAAAAGCAAGCUCACUCGAAAGAAUUCAUAAUCAAAUCGCUUGAAAAACUCAAUUCUGAAUCUGAAAUGAAGAUAAUGAAUUCGGAUGAACGUUUCGAUAAGUUUCUUUCGAGCUGCAUCGAAGUAUCACCAAAGAAAUCUGUCAAAAUUCCACCCAAAAGAACAAUAGAUGUCAUCGUCAAGUUCAAACCGACCGAACCAAGAGAAAAGUUCCAAAGCCAGAUCUUCUACCAAGUCCAAAAUUACAAAGAGCCCAUUAUAACUGUCAUGGGGUCAGCUGUAGAUGCUCGUUUUGUAUUGAACAAAGAUGUCAUUAAUUUUGGUAACGUUGUUGUCGGUUAUAACAGUGAGGAAAGCAUCAUAUUGAUAAACGAAGGCUUUAUUGGUGGAAAAUUUCAUUGGUAUCUGGAGAAAAACUCAAGUUAUAUAAGCUUUAUAGGUGGGGAUGGCUACUGUCCACCCAACUCGAAAGUUACAACUAACAUAAUCUUCAAACCUGGACACGUCCAGUGUGUUUUCAAAUUCAAGGCCAUUUGCCGUAUAGACAAUUAUAAAGAACGUUUAGAGCUGAUUUUAACAGGUGGUUCUAUGAAUUUGCCUCCGCCUUUGGAUACUCUAGAGUUUACUGCUGCUGUUCGAGAGGAGAGUACACAAAGUAUCGAAUUUAAAAAUGAAUCCAAGGAAGCAUGGAGUACCGAACCUGUUUUUACCGGUAGUUAUUUCUCUGGCGCACAUUCACUGAAAGUUCCAAAAGAAUCAACCGUUACUUAUGAAAUAAUCUACACCCCAAUGAAAAUGAAACCAUUUCAACAUAAAGGCACUGUAUUUUUCCCUUUUUCAAAUGGAAUGAAUAGCCUGUACGCUUUGGAGGGAAAUGUGUUACCUCCAACGCCAACAGAGGAAAUAUCCAGGGAAAUCUGUUGCAAAACGUACCACAGCGAGAUCCUAAAGGUGGAAAAUUGGCUCGGCCUCAGACAGCAGUUCAGAGUUAUCACAGAAGUUCUAGAGGGCAAUUCUACUAGGAUGAUCUACAAGAUAACUUCGAACGAACACUUCGAUGUACCACCAUACGGAAAACGAGAUUUCAAAUGGACCAUAUACGUCGUAAAUGAAGGCAAACUGACAUUCAAGGUGACAUUCCUCAAUGAGAAGACAAGAGAAUAUCUGUUUUAUGUGAUUGUGUUGAAGAUUACACCCUUAGAAACUAGUAUUGAAAAUAUUGAGCUCUUCACUUGCGUUCGAGAACAUGUUGUCAAGAAAAUUAUGGUCAAUAAUCCUCUGCCUGAACCUGUCGAAUACACCGUCACAACGUCCUCUCCAUAUUUGUUGGUGGAGAGUUCUUUCAUUGCUCUUCCACAAGAAAAGUAUCAGUUGAACGUCAAGUAUCUACCAGUUAAGGUGGAAUAUACAAACGCUGUUCUAACAAUCAGUAAUCCUGCUGUGGGAAGUUACACCUACAAUCUAACCCUGAAAGCUUUGGCACCAAACUCAGAACCCGAAGUUCAAUUCCAAACUCAGUUUGGACAAAGCCAACUGAAAACAAUUCAACUACCUCUGGUGCUUCAGAAUGCUGACAUUACUGCAAAGAUAAUAGACGACAACACAGCAUUCGAAGUUAUCAAAGUACAUAGUCAAUCAGACAAACCAUCUAUUGAAGUUCUUUUUCUUUCUUCUGAAAUUGGUGUGAUUAGGACUGCCCUGCAACUAACUUCAUUAGUCGGAGAAUAUACUUAUCCUCUUGUUGGGGAAUGUAUCCCCCCUGAGCCUCAAGGACCUUUCUUGAUAAAUUUGGGCGAAAGCGUCACUAUUGAAAUCAAUAAUCCAUUUGAUGAAGAAAUGGACUUUAAAUUCAGCGUCGACAACACGAUAUUCCUAGUAAAACCAUCCGAAGAGAAAAUAAUAGGAAAAAAAUCCACGAAAAUAACUGUUUCAACGUCAGAAAAACGUUUGAGUAAAUCAGCGAGCGGUUCUUCAAUUGCAGAGUUAGGAAAAGUUGGACUAGUCACGGCCAAACUCACGGUUGAUUGUGAAGAUGAGGUUAAAUGGAUUUAUUAUUUACAGUGUAAUUCUAGCAAUAAAUAGAUUUUGCGAAAA